GCGACGUGCUCUUUUUGCUACUGUGAUUCCUUUCACAACGUAGAAGAUUUGUACCGUUACAUCCUGGAUUUGUCGCCAUGAAUCCAAGAACCCGACCGUGGAACAGCGUGGACGUGCUGGGCGAAGAUGGCCUGUUUCGUUACGGACGCGUGGUGAAUGUGGCGGACCACGGGCUCUACAUCGACUUCUUCUGCCCCGGUCGCCGCCGGGAAUUCACCCCUUUCCAAGGGGUGUUCCUGAAUGAUGACGGCCGAUACCUGGACCACAACGACCGGGCCCGAACCAAUCCUCCGCCUGAAAUACCCGCAGAAGUUCUGGUUCGCGAUAGUGCAUCGGGUGCUUGGACGUGGUUCCCCGCGCAGAUAGUCAUGAGAGAAGUCGACAUCGCGCAAUCCAAAUACGCCGUGGCCGUAAUCCAGCACGGGCAACCCGAGAACUGUACAGAUGUGGUCCCCAUGUCGCGUAUCCGCUGGAAAAAGGAGAUCAGUGUGCAGCAGUCCCAGGUCGAGGCCGAAAUCGGGAAUCUGCCAAAGUGCAUGGUGAAAGGGACGUUCGUCAAGCGCACUCUACAGCUACCGGAAAGUUGUCCCAUACAUUUGGCUUCAGCCGCACUUCAGGAGCAGAAACGUGGAUUGAACUACCAGCUCUGGUAUGCGGCCCAAGCGGAAGGGGUGGAUAUUGAGGACGGAUGUGUGGUGUAUAUUCAGCGUCGAUGCGAUGUUGGAAUGGAAGCCGACGAUAUUCAUUUGACUAAGGAACUGGAAAAUCUGAACAAGCUUCACAGGGCGUUGAUUGAUAUUGUUCCACAAAUCUCGGAACCGUUAAUCGAGGUUUCAGCAAUGAAGGAAGGCGUCAUGUUGCCACCGGAAUUGUGGAGAGAGGUCUUCUCAUACCUGGACACUGUGACGCAGACCAGACUGCGCACUGUCUGCACAAAAUGGAACAAUGUUCUGGAUUCCACUUUAUUGAAUGCGGAUAUUGUUCUCGACAGCAUGGCACCCACCUUGUCGGAACUGUGCCAAGAUCUUGGGAAACAUAUUUUAUGAUCGCAGCUCUCUUCAAGCGUCUUUCCCCGUCCACGCACCACAUUGUCAUCGCAGAUCGAGGACAAUGUUUGACGGGACCUGACAUUACGAAAGUGCUGAAUAUUCUGAAUUUCAUCAAACUGCGUAAUGCCGGCAUCCGACUGAAAGCCAUCUUCCUCGUCGGACUGAAGAUGUCUCUGCUGAGAAGCCCGGAUAAGCGCCAACAAGGAUCUGAAUGCCGGUAUCAUCAACAUGUUUCUGCUCUAGCCAGCAUUCCUUCCCCGCUUUCCGGCCUCCCCCGCGGGAAUCUUCGGUGUGAUGAUAUCCAUUUGAUCCGAUGCAACAUCACUGUGGCAUGCACGGAUCGAUUGGUGCUAGACGUGAAAAUUAUGAAGAGUCGACAGCGCAUUACGGGCCGUAUAUUAGACGCGCUGUGGAGUGCCAUGGAAGCGGAAUUAUCAGCGCCAGGCGAUACGGAGUUGCGUCGCCUGUUCAACUGGUUGAAAUUCGAAAAAAUUAAACCCGAACUGGUUAGAAGUUCAAAUUCAGUGCCAUAUAUUGCGGACUGGACGAAAUGCACAGCCAUGAUCUGCAAGUUACUGUGCGCGCUGCAAUCGGCGGAUCCGCGUCCCUCGCUGCAUUACCGCGGGAAGAAGUGGUGUGUGGAUGGUCUGCGGCGUUUGAAGCCGGAGAAGCUGUCGCGUUUGUCGCUCCAUUUCCUCAACCUACUGAUGAAGGCCUUGCCUUGCUAAUAGUUCCAGAUUCAUGCCAGACCGAGAUUUAUGUAGUUAUCCUUUCGCGGAUUUUUUUGUUAACUCAUUGUUCUAUUUGUUACGAACUUAUUACUAAUAUUAUCUUUUAAUUUUUAAUAAAUGUUUUGAUUUUAUCCCGGUCUCAGGAAUGGAUGCCGGCGU